AUGAAGCAGCGGCUGUCAUGCGCUGGCCGGCUUCUGAAUGACGAUGAUGCCCUCUCAGAGCUGCCGCUGCCAGAGGAGGCUGAGCUGGUCCUCCUGACCUUCUGUGGUCCCAGGAAUCCGCAGGAGGUCUGGUCCUUCACCCGGACCGUGGCCGAGGAUGACACCUUCGAGCUUGAGUGGCAGCUUGGUCAACCCUGGGAUCCUGAUACCAUCGUUGCAGCCGGAUUCGCCAUUUUAGGUCGGGCAUGCUACCAUGGGAGUACGGCGUGCUUGCAGCUGCUACUUGAAGCUGCCGCGAACGUGAACAAGAGUGGUGGAACAGGCUUGACGCCACUGGCGAUGGCGUGUGCCAGGGGACGCCUCCAGUGUGUCCGACUGUUGCUGGAAGCGCUGGCCGAGGCGGAUCACUGCGAUCAACAUGGAAGAACACCCUUGUGGAUGGCUGCACAGAGCAACCAUGCGGAGAUCGCCGAGACCCUCUUGAAGGCCGGCGCCUUCAAAGGCGGCGCUGUCUCAUCGCCUUUGUGGAUUGCUGCGGAGAGAGGACACCUGGCUGUCGCCGAGACCCUUUUGGAGGCCGGCGCGGAGCCGGACGAAGUGGCCGAAGAUGGGUCCUCUCCUCUGUGGAUCGCAUGCCAGCAGGGGCACGUCAACAUCAUUCGGCUCCUGUUGCGAGCAGGUGCCAGCAGAGACAAGCCCAACGAAGAUGGUGCCCUGCCAGUGUGGGUGGCCGCUCACAGGGGCCACGACUCAGUAGUGCAACUGCUGUCCGGGGUCAUAGAAGCAGAAACCAAGCAGGAUGAGCAGGCCCACACCACGCAGGAGGCCAAUCUGCAAGACCUCACAGUGCAACUGCGGCAGUCCCGAAUCAGCAAGAUGCAACGGGCCCGGGCCAAGGACUACGCCGCAGCCUGGGACAGGUCUGUGGAGGCUUUGCAAGCCAUUGGCGGCACCUGCGUUGAGGUCGACUACGCGCCGUUUCAAGAGGCCGCCAAUCUCCUCUACCAGGGACCCUGGGUGGCCGAGCGGCUCGCCGCCAUCGCCGCGGUGCUGAAGGAAGAUCCCCAGGUCGUGCAGCCGACGGUCAGGAAGAUCGUGGAGCAAGGAAGCCAGUACACAGCACAGCAGUGCUUCGAGGCCAGCUACCGCAUGCGCAGCCUGCAGCGAGCGGCGGAGGCGAGUAUGGAGGCGGCUAAGGCCCAGGUGCUGGUCACUCCCACCGUCGGUGCCACGUACAAGAUUGAGGACGUGCUCGCGGACCCGAUCGCCCUCAACACGAACAUGGGGCGUUCCGCUGACAACAGUUGUCUCUUCAACGCCGUUGGGUAUGACGAAGAGGAGGAGGAGGAGGAGGAGGAGGAAGAUGAUGAGUGGGAUUCACCACAGGCGAAGGCAAACAAGUGGAGCUUGGAGCACAGAUACGACUUCAGCCUGUAG